CAAAGGGAGAAACCUCCAAAUUGUUAAUUUUAACGCUCCCCUGGAACCCCCUUUUGACGUUACUCUUUCCGAUGGCACCACAACGAUUCGGGCCAAUUUUGGAGAGGCAAGCAUAAAAGAAUUCUCAAAAGAGCAUGGCCGAAACUUUAGUGAACAUACCCUGGGAGGUGUAUUGGCUAUUAAGGAAUACUACUUAGUAGGGCUAUACCUAUAUGUAUGAUUCGGAUGCAUUAGCUAACUUGGAGUCAUGACCUUCAACCCCAAAGCAAACCCAUCAAAGAGGUUAAUGCUCGAAAUAAUGCAAUUUCGGUUUCGAGGUAGCGAAGGAUCCUCGAUGUUUGGUCAACCGUCAAGUGUUGAGGAACAGCCCGGUCUCGACACUGUCAUGACGAAACUGAGUAGUCUACUUUCUCGCACUGGAAGUCACGCCGCAUUUCAGCCGGAGGUGGCUUCUCCAAUCUGGUCUCAGGGUGGUGGUUUUGAGGGCAGAGGAAGCCAGCUACCCCAAAAUUCCAGCACGCCUUUUGCAACUCAGGUCCCGGACGACCUAAAUGGGUAUGACAACCCUACAGAAGCCGGCCCUAAACUUCGGCCCUCUAGAGGACAGAAUGAACUUUUGUCUCUUUUAUUAAAUGUCCAAAAUCAGAAAGAGCAUUCAAUUCUCGAAAACGAGACUGGUGAAUCAAGUCUACUGCAACCGAAAAGGACGAUCAAUAGCACUCGGAACUCCUCAGUCGUGAGAACGAUAGAGGGAAGCACAGUGGAAAUUUCAUCACAGUUGGGUAUGAUGGCAAAUAAGCAGGAGAGUCAAUUCCCACUGCUCUCACAGCAGCCACAUUGCGACGAUGCCAAGGAGCAACCAACAUUUGACAGAUCUCUGAACUCUCCGAUGUACCCGGCUGUAACUACCCCUCUUUCAGGCGAUAACGAAAAGAAAAGCAGCCAAGAAAGCAACAGCCGAGAGAUGACGCAGAAGGAAGACUCUAUAGUUCCCGAAGUCGCUCAGGUGACCCCCGCCGUUGAGCAUGUCAAUCAUGCUUUUCCAGUCUUAGUGAUGGAUCAAACCCCAGAGCAAAAUCCUUUUGAGGGUCUGAAACGGGUGCCACGAUCAUAUGUGCGAGUACCGGCGUCACAACUGACUAUCCUAGAGCGCGAAGAUUCUUGGUUUCAAGGAGGCAACAGCAGCCGAUCAUCCCAUGCUCAUAAUCUUCCACAAGAAGUCCUACACGACUUGAAUUCAUUCGUUGAUCAGAUUGUGACUCGAGGUGACGAUGGAAGCAAUCAAACCGAAGGCCUUGAAACAAAGUCUGACCUGAGAAGAUAUCAAAAUCACGACAGUAAUAAUGGCGUCAGAGAAGACACUGAAGCAAUAGAGGUAGAGCGAGACGAAUUUGAUCUGACCAGUGAUACGGAUAAUAACGGGAAGGGUCGAGAAAACAAUCAAAGACUGGGUCGAACAAGCAUGUCACCGUCAAGAAUCGUCCGCCAAGAAACUAAUCCAGGGACCGAUACUCAGACAAAGGAAACGAGGCGCCAUUCAAGUGUAGGCCCUGGCCUAGAUACUGGGACUGAUAAGAUCAAUAAUCUUGUUGACCAUGAUGACGAUGAAACGAGCGAACAAAGAAGCAUAGUAUCAUGGUCUCCAAGUCCCGGGCGGACCCCAAGACCAUGUAGUCUGCCUGUUCCUGAGAACUCCAGACCUCAAUCUCCAUCAUCGUCCACUAGUGUCGAAAUGGAUGUCGACGAAUUACCGGGAAUGCACCAUACAGAUGCCUCAACCAUGACAUUGCAUUUGAAUUUGCCACAUCAAAUUAUCGACCAAUCACGUGCUGCAGGUAAUUAUGACAAGGCCACGAUACUCCAAGAACACUCCUAUCCCUCUUUCCCUUCCAGUAGUCUGGCCGGAGAUAGUGAAAUAGAGAUGGGUGUGCUACAUGCGAUCGAUGACCAAGUCGAUGAAAGUGACGAGGAAAUGGACUCUCCCAGUACAUCACAGAAGCUUCCCUCAACCGCCAUUCAGAAUUGUUCCGUCAUACAAGUCGAACAGACCCCGCAUCCAAAUCAACGGGGACCUGCAGAAAGCGGGGACGAGAAAGUGCCUCAUAUAGGACAUAAACGCCCCCAUGGAGAGAUCUCCUCAGAUUCCGUAAUUCCAGGCACAUUCAACGACCAGAGUCCACAAGACCGUGUACGAAUUUGGAACAAGGACGAAGUGAAAAGCCUCGACACAACUUCCGGGAAAGCGCCUUUAACGGCGGAUAGCACUCGUCAUUUUCCUAGCAAUCAUGUUUCAAUCGACAACGAUAAUGCUCAAGUCGAAGAUGUUACGGCAAGCCGUAGUCUUUUCUCUGAACUCGAUAACUCUCAGCGGGAUGCAGGUAGAGCGAUAAGCUCUUCUCCAGUUAUGUCUCCACCUGCUCUUCAGAGAAUGCCGAAGAAGUUGAAGAUAGCCAGUUCCGAAAGGCAUCAGACAGCGUACUUGGAACAGCCAUCUUCACCUAAUUUGCCCUUUCGGGCAGGAGACGGUGAAUCCGAGGUUGAACUGGCUUCGACUGGCAAGACCUCUCCCCAAGCCCCGCAGCUUUGGAAGCGAGACACGGGAGCUCUCCAAGCACAUCAAAGGGUCUCAAAACCUCGCCGAUUCAAAAGAAUUACGGCUCCCAAAUUCAGCCAAGAAGAAUAUGGCACUCCAAUAGAUACGGAUGAAAUGGUGCGAGCCAGCAGACGUGCAUUCAAUGCCCAGUUAAGUAUAGAAGAGGCUGAAGAGCCACAGCCUCCUGUGGGAAAUGGUACGGGUACCUCUAUCACAUUGGAGCAAGAUUCUGGGACCGCGGCCGAUUGUACUCCUCCAGAUAUGUCAGAGACUGUUGCCAGGCAUCCAACCCCAGAUACACCUGCAAUCUUGCAAUCCGCUACGAGAAUCGUGAUGGAAUCCCCUUUACGCAAUACAACAGAAUCACAAAAGGAUCCAGAACGGCACGAUACUCAUGCUGGUAUUCAACAAUCAAUUUCAAUGGUCACGCAAUCUAGUAGGAACUUCCCGGUACCCUUAGUCCGGAAAGAGCCUUCAAAUCCUUCCACGGCCUUUGAUAAUUUUAAAUCGGCAUACCCAACUUACAAGGGCAGCGAGAAGCGCUUUAUUGAGGCCUUGACCUACAUCGAAUGGCUGGUGGAAGGAAAAGGAAGGAAUUUUCUCAGAAAAUCCCUCUGGGACGAUCUGAUCAGAGUUCUCGCCGAUGAGCACCUGGAGUAUAUUCGAGACGCUCGUAAUCGUGGUAUCCCGAUGAAAGAAAUGCACUCAGGCUUUGAGUAUUACAAUGAAAUUGAUCAGGAUCCCAUCUUCAAAAAGAGGGUCAUUACUCCUGACAAUCUACAGAUGUCCCUAGCGUCUCUCAAUGCACAUAAAGUUGCGGAGGCUAGAAGUAUAUUCAAGGGCAAGCCAAAGGGGAGUGAAAUGCAAUCGACGGCUUCUACGGCCCGUACACAACAUCAUCCCGACGAAAAUGUGGUUGAAACCCCUUCGCGCGCGGAUGGGGACUCUUCUGUGGGUAUGAUAGGGAUGAGCCCUGAGCUAGGAGCGUCGAACGAUGCCGAAAACAUAUUCAAGAGCAAGCCGAAGGAGAGUGGAGUGCAAUCGAGGGCUUCUACGACCCGUACACAACAUCAUCCCGAUGAAAAUGUUGUUGAAACCCCUUCGCGCGCGGAUGGAGACUCUUCUGUGGGUAUGAUAGGGAUGAGCCCUGAGCUAGGGGUGUCGAACAAUGCAGAAAGCAGGUCCCUCAAACGACCAUACUUUGAGACACAUAGCCAAGUCGAGGCAACGAAGCAAAAGCACCUGCCCUUUUCUCGGGCCAGCGAUUCCCAUGUCUCUCAUGCUUCCGAAGAACAGUUAUUGAGAUCGCCAAUUCGCAGGCUACAAUCACAAGAAAAGGCUAUCAGGUCCGUCGCUAGGCCAGAUAUAAGGACAAGGUCGUUGGAUUUGUCGGCUCAACAGUAUGAUGUAUUCAAAAGCCCUAGCCUACCCGACUCAUUUGGCCCGCGGAGUACCUCAAAGAUUGCCUCGCGGAGUACCAACAGCUUGCCACAUGCCCACGAUAGAGGGCUGAGAAGAGUGACGAUCCAUGGUCAAAUCUCGGCUUCUAAAAGGGAGAAUUUUUUCAAAGAAUUUGGCCGACGGAAGAGGGAGAGCGGCCUUUGGUCGAACCCUGCCUCAACAGGUACCACUUAUUUCUCUAUAAAGAGUGUUAAAGGUACCCCUGUGGCCGAGCCGGAAACACAAACAGAGGUGACAUAGGGUACUGAAGAAGAGUGGGAGAUCUGUGAGAGAUGCUGUCUGGAAUAGCAUGGUUUAGCUGCAUUGAGGAUCAAAUUUGUUUUUAUAGAUACCCUACCUUGUUUGCUAGGAGACUGGCUAAAUCAAAUUCUAUGACCAAUUUAUGAAAUGAAGAAAUGAUUUUAGUAAUCGAUACCAUGUAUUCUGAACCUGUAGCAUUAUCGGAAGCACAACUCUUGAGCAAGAAUUUA